UGCUGUUAUGUCAAGAGGUGUUCCUGUUUAUUGUUGGGAUUGUCGCUGUCCAGGAAAUGUUUGGUGAUCGACUAAGAAUGCCUUUGAGAUUGACCAGUCGCUAUCGACCGGAUGUUUUUCCUGUGGAAUUUGGUCCCAAGUAUGAUGCCGCAAUAGAGAAACUCAUGUGUCAGUUUCUUUCAAGACUUGAGAAGCUACUUCCAGUAUCACAUUUUCAACAGGCUGCAUUCCUGCUCAGUGAUGUUCCCUCUGUUCUGGAGGAAUGUGUUGAGUCCAUGUCUCACCCUCAGCAGCUGAAAACCCUGCUUCAGUACCACAGAGAUCUCGGCCAGCUGGACAACCAUGAUACUCUGUCUUCCACUGUUGGGGACUGCAUUCUCUCAGCUCUCUGUCUCCCUCCUUUAGAAAGGGUGAUUGCAACAGAACAAACAGAAUCAGGACUGGACUCUGCAACACUGACAGAGUACACAGAGAUGGAACCGGGGACAAGUAUGAAUGUAGUAGAAAGAGAGGAGAGGGUGGAAUGUGAGAGAAACAACAAACUAUCUAUAGAGUUUGCUGACCCUGUGGACCAUGAGAACAUGGAGGUUCAUGCCGGUAAUGAAGAAGAGAAGGUUGUGGGGAUUGGACCAGUAAAAGAUGAGAUGGAAGAUAUUGUUGAAGAGGUGGACUCCAGGUACGAAACAGUGAUGGUUAUUGGGGCAGAUGGGGUGGCGCAGACUUAUGAAGAUUUAAGUAUCAAAAGGAAGAGAUCUUUCAGAAAGCCUCAAAUAAAGACACAUAAAGCCAGUGUAAGUCAUGGAGAACAAAUUACAAGCAUAGACAUGUCUGAUGCGAUCAUAUGCUCCAUGCUUCACAAGCCUUUAGUGAAGCUACAAAAUAUUGACACUACUAACCUGAUGCUGCCCUGUAGACCAGUUAGACAAAACAAGAUGAAAACAUUGCUAGCACGAGAAUGUAAACAAACCGUGACAGAAUUGACUAAAGAAAAAACAUUCAUGUGCGGUGCAGACAUGAAGCGUCACCAGAAAAUCCACACAGGGGAGUGCCCAUUUCAGUGUCUCCAGUGUAGGAAGCGCUUCCAGUGCCAUUUUGAUCUGACGAGACAUCAGCAAAAUAAUGAGAACGACUCUGAGAUGUACAGUGAUACAGUCCAAAAACCUGAAGGAGGGGACACAGAGCUGGCCAGUGGAACUCCUCUUGAGGCAACACCUGAGGACAGUGACUCAUCCUCCACCAGUACACCCCAAGACCCAUCUUACGAAUCUAACCAGACUGAAAAACGCAAACAGUCAAAAGUGUGCUGCAUUUGUAAAAAACUUUUGCCAAAAUCUUACAGCAUGCAAGUUCACAUGAGAUCCCACUCAGAUCUGCGCCCUCACAAAUGUCCUCAUUGUGGGCAGAUGUUCAAGAACAUCAAUGAUAUGAGAAAGCACAUUGUAAAGAUAGUGUGCAAGGUGCUGCGAGCUGAGUCUGAAGAGGCCCAAGUACAUGCACUCACCGACAGCCCUCUCCACUGCACUGAGUGCAGUAGGAUGUUUGCAGACCCAGAAAAGCUAGACAGGCAUAAAUUGGUGCUCAAGCCCUUGAAAUGCACCAUGUGUGAAAACAGCUUCAAUGGUGUCAAGCCUCUCAAGAAACACUAUCUGGAUGUCCAUAAAUUCAGCGGGCCAUUCCUCUGCACCUACUGUGAGAAAAGCGACACUGAUUUAGCAGCUCUCCUCAGACACAAGAGGACUCACACCGGAGACCUCCCAUACCAGUGCUCCUACUGUCCAAGGAAGUUCAACUUAUCAGCGGUUGUUGUCGAACACGAGAGAAUACACACAGGAGAUAAAUCAUGCCUUUGCUGGAAGUGUGGAAAGGGCUUUAUCAACAAUGCAAAACUGAAAAUGCACAUGCUAUGUGCUCACAGAAAACCUGAAGAUAAACACUUCUCCUGCUCCCAGUGUGACAAAUCUUACGCGUUACAAAGGACGUUACAAGGCCAUGUGGCGAGACAUCAUGCUGGGGUGCGUUAUCCAUGCACAUAUAUCCAUGCGGUAAGCUGUUUCUUAGCAUGUCCUCAUUGACAAGGCAUGACCUGAUUCACACUCAGGAGAGGCCUUUUAAAUGCACAGAGUCUGAGUGUGGCAAAAGUUUCAAAUCAAAAUCUGAAGUGAAGGUACACAUGAGAUACCAUAUUGGAGAGCGGCCUUUUCAGUGUAAAGUCUGUGGGAAGGGUUUUACUCAAAACUGUUAUAUCACUCGACACAUGCGAACUCAUACGGGGGAGAAGCCGUAUCCUUGUUCUGUCUGUGGGAGAAACUUUUCUGACUUAAGGGUACGGAAAAGACACAUGAUGACUCACACCGGAGAGAAGCCCUACAAAUGUUUAAAAUGUGAGAAAGCUUUCAGUCGGACAGAACUUUUGAAAGCACAUGACAAGAACGAACACUUAGCAAAUUCAAGUCAAGAUUAAUAUUUUAGCUUUUUAAGUUUUUGCCUAUAGAUGUUAGUUAAAUAUUUUGCCCCAUACAAGUCUCCAACUCAAUCAUUGAGUUUGCAGACAAGCCCUGGAGAUGAGAGCCCUGAUGGAGUGGUGCCAGGAAAAUAACCUCUCUCUCAAUGUGAACAAAACAAAGGAGCUGAUCGUGGACUUCAGGAGACAGCAGAGAGACCACGCCCCCAUCCACAUCGACGGGGCAGCAGUGGAAAGGGUGAAAAGCUUCACGUUCCUCUGUUUGCACAUCACUGAAAACCUGAAAUGGUCCAUCCACACAGACAGUGUAGGGAACAAGGCGCAACAGCGCCUCUUUAACCUCAGGAGGCUGAAGAAGUUUGGCCUGGCCCCUUAGACCCUCAAAAUCUUCUACAGAUGCACCAUUGAGAGCAUCCUGAUGGGCUGUAAAUAGGCUGACUGAACCACAAUCUGGAGAGCCAAACACAUCACUGGGGGCACACUGCCUGCUCUCCAGGAUAUCUACAGCACCCGAUGUCACAGG